ACUGAUAAUGUGCACUGGGAAGGAUAAAAACCAGAUAUUCUUGAUCAGCGUGAAGUUCUCUAUCGAAUGACGUAUGACUAACCCAAAAGUAAAAUAGUGCUACAACUUCGAAUUUGGAGCGCCUUACUAAAAUGACAAUAGUUUCAAGUCAGGCCAUCGAUAUAUGUUUUUAUAACAAAUCUUUUCCCACUGAGCUGUGUAUAUAAAGAUUGUAACAUAUCUAAUAUAAAAUUUCAGUUUUAGAAGAAACAGAGCAAGUUAAUCGUGAAAUCGUGAAUCCUGUUGUGUACGGAGCCACUGAAAGAUGUCCACGCAUUUUUCCUUUUUUUUUUGUUAUUUAAGUACUCAAUUCUACAUUUUAUUGUUCAUCUCACACAGUAAAAGAUUUGAUGGCACUAUUCAUAUGACUAUUUUCUUUCUUUUUUUUAUCAAGGAUACGUGCCGGAAACUCAAUUUUUUUCAUGUUGUCAAAUAAAAUUGUUGUUGAAUUAUUAAAAGUAUGUUUGGGUCAACAAUGCGAUGAAAAUUUAGUAAAUACUCAUUUAAUUGAGUGUUAUAAAGAGAAUAUUGAUGACGCAUUUGAUAUAACAACAAUCGAUAGUUCAUAUAUAGAAGAGAGCUUAUUAUGCAAAGCCUACAAUAAUAGUGAAAUAUAUCGUCAAUGUGUUUAUGGACUAUUUGCUUCUAACAAACCAUGUUCAUAUCAACAAUAUCCAUUUUCAUUUGAAUAUAUGAAAAUUUAUUGGAAGAUGAUAAUGAGUUCAUGUUCAAUAGAAGAUCAUCAAGAUUGUGAUCCAGUACGUCUAAAUCAUCAAGUCUUGGAGCGAUGUUUAUAUUCAUUUGACGAUUUGUUUCCAACACAUUGCAAAGAAUUUUUACGUUCAACAAAAUGUUUGAAUCGAUAUGAUUUGGUACAACAUGGUUCACUGUGUUCGCGAAAUAAAGCAACAAAUUAUUUCUAUACCGAUUUGGCACAACGUUUUCAAACAGCCAUAACACUUUGUGAACCGAUCACUUAUACUUAA